AUACUGGAGGCAGAAAACAAGCACAAACCCUGUUCUCCAAAACUGACCAUAGUGGCUCUAUGAUAUUGAGGUCUGGCAACUGCGAUGUCCAGGGAAGAUGCAAGACUUUGCCUGCAUGCUUGUCAAACCACAUUUUGACAACAGUUGUGUGAAUCAGAGCAUUAUCAUCUUAUUUACUAAAGCUGAAGACUGCAAAAUCAGGCUCAUUUCUGCCAAAAUUUGUACAUAAUUGCUGGCAGUGACUUUACCUUUCAAGGUGAUGAUGGGGUCUGCAGAAUAUCAAGAUAUGGCUGCCCAAACCAU